AUGGCUGCCACGCUGCUCAUCCGGGCCUGUGGCCUUGUCCGCGGAGCCCCCCGGCCUUGGGCCUGGCGUCGCCUACAUACCGUCUACCAGUCUGUUGAACUGCCCGAGACUCACCAGAUGCUGCGGCAGACGUGCCGCGACUUUGCCGAGAAGGAGCUCUUUCCCAUCGCAGCCCAGGUGGACAAGGAGCAUCGCUUCCCAGCAGCUCAGGUGAAGAAGAUGGGCGAGCUGGGGCUCAUGGCCAUGAACGUGCCUGAGGAGCUCAGCGGAGCUAGCCUCGAUUACCUGGCCUACUCCAUCGCCAUGGAGGAGAUCAGCCGGGGCUGCGCCUCCACGGGAGUCAUCAUGAGUGUCAACAAUUCCCUCUACUUGGGGCCCAUCCUGAAGUUCGGCACCAAGGAGCAGAAGCAGCGGUGGGUCACUCCCUUCACUAGUGGUGACAAAAUCGGCUGCUUUGCCCUCAGUGAACCAGGGAACGGCAGCGACGCAGGGGCCGCGGCCACCACCGCGCGGGCAGACGGUGACUCGUGGGUCCUGAGUGGCACCAAGGCCUGGAUCACCAAUGCCUGGGAGGCCUCGGCCGCCGUGGUCUUCGCCAGCACCGACAGAUCCUUGCAUAACAAGGGCAUCAGUGCCUUCCUGGUCCCCAUGCCCACACCCGGGCUCACGCUGGGGAAGAAGGAAGAUAAGCUGGGCAUCCGGGCCUCGUCCACGGCCAACCUCAUCUUCGAGGACUGUCGCAUCCCCAAGGACAGCCUGCUGGGGGAGCCGGGGAUGGGCUUCAAGAUCGCCAUGCAAACCCUGGACAUGGGCCGCAUCGGCAUCGCCUCCCAAGCCCUGGGCAUCGCCCAGGCCGCCCUGGACUGUGCUGUGAGCUACGCCGAGAACCGCAGGGCUUUCGGGGCGCCCCUCAUCAAGCUGCAGGGCAUCCAGUUCAAGUUGGCGGAUAUGGCCCUGGCCCUGGAGAGUGCCCGGCUGCUGACCUGGCGCGCUGCCAUGCUGAAGGACAACAAGAAGCCUUUCACCAAGGAGGCGGCAAUGGCCAAGCUGGCCGCAUCGGAGGCCGCAACUGCCAUCACCCACCAGGCCAUACAGAUCCUGGGCGGCAUGGGCUACGUGACGGAGAUGCCGGCCGAGCGGCACUACCGCGAUGCCCGCGUCACCGAGAUUUAUGAAGGCACCAGUGAGAUCCAGAGGCUGGUGGUCGCCGGGCACCUGCUCAAGAGCUACCGGAGCUGA